CUCCAACAUCAAUUCGGAGUUUGGCCGACCGACCUGUCGACCCUUAACCUUAAAACGCGCGCAGUGCGACAUAUUCGAUAGUAGUUGACAGUAUUAUAAAAUUAGCGAAAUCGCGUUUCCAGGAUACGACAAAAAAUUCAUUAGCUAUUCCUGGUGGAAUUCUAUCCUGAUUCAGUCGUGAUCUGAGAUUCGACUUCGCAAGAAUGUUAGCGGAAGAACAACCGGAAUUUCGAUUAGGACCCGAUCCGAAUGUUACUUAUCCGAUUCAGGUCCAAUAUUGCGGAAAUUGCUCGCUACCUAUCGAGUAUUGCGAAUAUUAUCCUGAGUACGAUAAGUGCAAGCAAUGGUUGGAGAGGAAUCUACCUACUGAAUUUGAGAGAAUGAAAUUAGCUACAGAGGAUGGUUCCACGGAAGCUGGUGGAGGAGAGGACGAGAAAAAGCGACAAAAGCGAGGUGGCAAGGGUAUGUUGAAAACUAAAAAGAAGGAAGACAUACCACGAUUAAUAACAGUUUCUAGAGCACCUAGAGGAAAGAAGAAAUCUGUCACAGUUGUAACUGGCCUCAGCACUUUUGAUAUAGAUUUGAAGGUAGCAGCAAAGUUCUUUGGCAGUAAAUUUGCUUGUGGGUCCAGUGUGACCGGAGAUGAUGAAAUUGUCAUACAAGGAGAUGUCAAGGAUGAUCUCUUCGAAGUCAUACCAGACAAAUGGCCACAAAUUGAUGAAGAUUCUAUAGAUGAUCUUGGAGAUCAAAAGAGAUAAGGCUACAGAUACUAUGUACGCACAAUUGUAUUUAAUAUACUAUUUCCAGUCAUGUUUUAUUAUAAAAUAAAAUGUACAUAUAAAAUAUAUUUAAAUAAGAGUUAUGUUAAGAUCUAGA